AUGGACUCUAUCCUCAAAUUUGCUAUAUCUCCAAGUACAAUUGCUUGGUUCUUCGUAUAUACAUUAAUUUUUUUUUCAAUCGGCCUCACAGUAGAUUGGCUACUUCGCCCAAAAGAAAUAGACCUAGAAUUCCUUAAAAAUAAGGUGAAAAAAGCAAGAGAACAAAGAGAAGCUCUCGUGACUAAGCUUUGAGAAAAUAUUAAUUGAAGCAAAAAAAAUUUAAAUUAA